AAGCGAAUCAGCAGCAGAGAGGAAAAAACCAACGACAAGAACCCUUGAAGAAGAUUACGAAUCCAUGAGCAGAAAAAGUCAAGUCGAAUUUAUAAUCUCGUGAAAAUGUGAAUUGAUGCUGUAAAUUGUUAGUUUUUCUGUUGAUUUAAUGUCGUAACAGUGACGUCCGUUAGUUGUGCAUCGAAUGUGAUAGUUUUCGAGACGUGGAUUCGUUCGGAAGUGAUGUAAUUUGUGGUUGAAGUUCGGGAUUCUGAACCUAUCGGAAAGGUGCAUCUUGUACAUACGAAAAUUAGUCAUCCCCCGUUGUCUAAUUUAUUGGUUAGCAUCCAUUAGCUCCCAGUGAAUCUAGAAAGUGAAGCAAAAAAUAGUUGGAAGAACUUGCAUUUGUAAGUUUUCAAAUUGGGUUCCACGAAUCCAUUUCAAAUGUAAAAAUGCAAAAUUAUUUCUAAUAAAAACUGAGCCAACAAGUGGAAGCUGGGCAGCAUCCAAUGGGGUGCCAGAGUUUCGAAGGAUAGUUGAACUGUAUCAUCUGCGUAAUACGAAAAUCGGAAAGUUACGAUUCGUGGGCUCAUCACGAAAAAUCGUGAUCGACGAUCCCUUGCCUGUGUAGCCUUGCCAAAUACACAGCAGACCUCGUCAUUGCAAUAUACAUAAACACCGCGAGGGAAGGAAGACAACGAGAAAGGGCACUUCACCGCAGCAUCAUAGCUGCUAAGCUAAGCUAAGCUCCUUGCUAGCGAAGGCGACCUCCAAAAGACAGCAAGCACAAAAAUGGCUUACAUCAAUGUGGCCGAAUGGAGCAGCGAUCAAGUCACGGAUUGGCUCAAAGGGCUCGACAAUUCCAUGUAUCACUAUGUGCAGUCCUUCACCAACAACGAAGUCGGUGGCAAACAGCUACUCAACAUCCGGCCCUACGAGCUGGAACAACUUGGCAUGUACUCGAUCGGGCAUCAGGAGAUUGUGCUGGAGGCGGUGGAAUAUUUGAAAAAUUUCAACUACAAUCUCGACAAGGAGAAUUUGCAGUUUCUCGCGCUGCACGUUGCAUGUGCUGCAAGGUCCCUCUGUAAACAACUGGAAUACUCGGAUCAAACCAAACUCGAAACACAGAUAUUGAAGGAUAUUACCAGGACCGUUGCUGUAGUGAAGCCUCUGAUUGGGUGGUUGGACCGUAAACCUUUUAGAGGACAACAUAAUUUCGAUGAGUUGAAAAAAAGAAUAAUGAAGCUGGGCUUAGAAAUGGCCACCAUGGCUAUGCGAGAUAGAUUUUCAGUUAAACCGGUAGAAACCAUUCACAACGUAGCUGAUAAACUGGCCAAAAUAGCAGAUUACAUAAUUCAAGAUAUUUCUGAUCCAAUGGUUCUACAGCCAGCAUCUUUGGAUUUGGUCACACUCAAGAAACGAGAAUCGGACUUAGGAUUUCUUGUCAUGCCAAGCUUGAAUGGAAUCCAUAGGAUUGCUGAAAUAAAAUUUAACUCGCCCGCUCACAAUUCCGGAAAGGUAGAAGAAGGAGAUGAAAUAGUUCAAAUAAACUACCAAACUGUCGUUGGCUGGGAAUACAAAAAAGUGCUACUACAGUUGCAAGAAUCUCCGCCAGAUGUCCUACUUACAUUGAAAAAACGACCGAAACACACGAAAAUAUACGGACAAAUCUACAUAAAACCGUUUCGAUUGCCGAGCAAAAAGCGAUCCCUCCCCUACAGGUGGGGAGAAAGUUUACCCAGUCCACGCGCCGAACUAUUCACCCUUCAGGAUUUCAGUUUACCGCUGCCACGAGUUCCCGAGAAGCACGUUUCGGACUCGGAAUCGGAAAGCAGUGAUAUCCUGACCCCGACGGAAGUAAAGAAAUCCGAAAAGGAUAUCCGUUUAUAUUUGCCCAAGCCGAGGGCUGUGCUACAGAGACGGCACACGCUUUCCAGCUUUAAGGAUUUAGUGAGCGUUUCUUUCUGGCACGAGCGACAAAGCAAACUACUUUCCAACGAUCCCCAGAGCAUUCGGGACAAAUCUGUUUCGUUCGGGUUCGGGCUGGAAAUGGCUCCCCGGCCUACAACCGUUUUGGGAAUGGUCAAUGGUGCAAACGGAACGAAUGGGCAGGGUAAAUUUAACAGCUUCGGGGGCUUGAAGAGCUCGUUGCCUGAUAUUAUUCCUACGGAAAAAGGUGACGGUUGUCCUCUAGAAAGCUCUAAACAAGGUGCCGGCGAACAGAGCGAGGAAUAUAAACCAGGUAUUUCAAAAGUCGUGCGUUUUGAAUCGAACAUGAAGUUUGAAGAGUGUCAUGUAGACACCAAGUACACCUGCAAUGUUGACAAUACGGUGCUGGAAGCAUUCGAACCGAUUCCCUACGUCGAUGAAGAGGUUCCCGUUCAAUCGGUAAAUGCACGUGUCAAGCAGUUUGAAUCGAUAGCCAACAAAAAUAGUGCCAACAACAGCAACUCAAGUAACGCUGAGGCUGGAAGACUGGUACAAGCCGUUAAAGACGCGAAUGCUCCAUCGGACGAUAGCUCAAAAAAUAUCAGCAAUAAGGAAACGAACAAUUCCACCAGUAUUAGUAACACUUCUGCUGCACCUAGCAAGCCUGCGUAUAAACCGAUACCGAUGCAAAGGCAAAUUUCGAGAGAAACGGAUAUCGCCGAAGCCAUCAACACGGUGCUCAUCAAUCGUGAAAUGGUUAAGCGAGGAAGGUUGGACAAAAGUUACAGCACCCCUGCCUACGACGAUGAUAUUCCACCAGCGAUUGAACCACGCAAAGAACACCUGAUGAAAAUACCACCGGUUCCCCCGCCGCGUCCAAAGAAAACGUUAGAAUCCAGUGUUCCGCUUGUGCCGGAGAAACCUCCGCCACCUUCACCAGCGACUACUGUGCCCAGUUCAACUCCCGCAGAUUUGGGGUUUAUCAAUCCGCAACAGAUUUCAUCUGGUAGCUACGAACACGGAGAGGACAACAAUAAAUCUAAACUGGCCAACUUGGUUGAUUUAAAGAAUCGGGAACCUUUGGAACCGACUACACCACCGCUAGUGUUGUCACCUCCACCGAAACCGGCGGAGCGGAUGAUGUCACCUCCGAAAAGAAUUCCUCCCAGCAAACAUUUUUUAGAGGAGCCUUUUGAAACGCCUUCUGAACUUUUCACCCCAAACAAAACCAAGAGCCUGACGCUGAAGAAGAAAAAUUCGCUCCUUUCGAAACGCCGCAAUGUGUCCCUAAAAACCCUAUGCAUAAGCGAUAUUCAAGGACAUCUUUAUCGGCGCACCAAAGAUCGUAGCGGAUUAGCUUAUUGGGCGAAGUACUAUUUCGUUCUCAUAGAAACUACAUUGUAUGGGUUUAAAUCCAAAGAGUCUCAAAAGGCGAACAGCAUGAUUUUCCUAUCUGGAUUUACUAUUUCUUUGGCAAAGGAAGUCCAUUCUAAACCUUUUGCUUUUAAAGUGUAUCAUCCAAAUAAAACGUUUUAUUUUGCUGCUGAAACACAGGAAGCUCUAGGUCAAUGGAUGGAGUAUAUUAAACAGGCUACUUUGAAGGGCAAUAGCAAUGCACCUGGUAGCGGAUCAGUGGAUCACAGUGUCAAAGAGCUUUAUUCGGAAACGGACAGCUCCGAGGAUGAAUUUAGUAUGAUGGAUAGUCAGACCAAGCUAAAUCUCCUCUGCACCCCAUCCCCUCAAUUAUCCUCUUCAUUGGGUCGUAACACGCAUCAUCGUUCGACACAUGUCGAUGGACAUAAUACUACACCAACAUCAUCUACUAAACAGGAACGGUAUCAUUUGAACUUCGGUUCUCUGAAAAAAUUUACCAAAAGCAAUCCCUUUAAUUCGGACAACCACAGCACCGGAGGAAGCAGCGGGCACAGUGAAAGUAAAUUUUUCGGAUUUUUCAGUUCACAUAAAAAUGUCGAAAAAUCAAAUUCCAGUGAAAUGCCCGUGCCAACUUCGGGGUUUCGUAGUUAUCGAAAAGUUCCGGGUGCCGGAGGUCUUCAAAUAGGCACCAACUCCGUGUCGACCGAAGUUAUUCCUAACGCCAGCUCAUCCAUCGUUCCACAAGAAAGCAUCACAGCUAGUAAUUUAUCACUUGCAUCCAAUACCAGUACCCAACAGCAGAUUCCAGUUAUCCAGUUACAACCUCCACCUACACCUACUGUGGAAGACAAACCGCAUCCCAUAUUCAUUGAACCCUACCCUCCUGAACCAUCAACACCAGUCCAGCAUGAUGCAGCCGAGCUUUUGAACCGAACUAAAAAAACGAAACGUGUUUCUCCACAUAAUUACAUCCACGCAUCCAACCCCAAUCUGGUUGAGUUCGAUUUCCAAACAUCUAAAAGCUUGUUACAAACAUCAGCCAACUGGGACAACAACCCUUCCCAUAGCAACUUGCAUACGAUGAUUACGCUGAAAGAUCUGAUGUUGCAGAAACAAGCCGAGGAGGCUCAGGAUAUGUACAAUAAGCGAGUAUGCCUGGGAGUAGAGAAGUAUGACGAUCGCAGUUUGAAAAAGUAUUUGGCCAAACCAAACGAAACAAGGACAGAAAAUGUGACUUUAAACGUACCGGAAGCCGUUAUCAAGAUACAGAAACGGCGUCUACCGGUAACUCCAGAUUACGCUCAAAGUUUCAAACUAGAUGAUCAAGAUAUUAUGUAUACACGAAGCAAAGAAGGUCAAAAGUUGCGUGACUUUGGAUACGAACUAAUUUCUGGGGACGAUUCGUCUAAUUUGAAAAACACCUUAAAUCCAGCCUUAGCUGGUCCCAGUAGCACCAAUCAGAACAGUGAACUACGCAGACAAGAAGGAAACGGUUCUAUGAAGAAGAAAUCCCGAAAUUGGUAUUCAUCGGACAGGCGUAACGAAGAAUCCUCUUCAUCUGAUCGAUCCCUGAGGGACAGCUUCAAACGAUCCAAAAACAAAGCUGUUAUCGCUAAGCUGGACAACAUUAAAGCGAGCAGCGAAAAGUUGUUUCAGUUCAAACACAGCAGUAGUAAUAACGAUAAAGAAUCGUUGAAAACUAAACAAAUGGAGAAAACAACGCCUGCGUUAAAUGUAAACCUGAAGCAGUCGGAACAAUUCAUUAAACAUCAGCCGAGCACUCCGUUAGGUAAUCAACAAUCUUUUUUCUCUACAGCCACCAGCAACAGUAAUUUUGUUGCCAUAAACCCAACCCUACAAUCUGCUGGCUCCAAUACCAAUGCAAACAUCAUACCCGGUUGCAGUAUCAAAAAAUCAAACACCAUAAACAGCUCUUCAGAUUUCAAAGAAAAUUCAUCUAAAAUUCAGAAUUUGCGAAAAAACUCCGCCCCCGAACGUAGCACCUCCUACUUCACAAAGCUUUCGUUCAGCAGUUCCUCAACCAAGGCACCACCCAAGGAAAAGAAACUGCUCGGAUCACCAGGUCUGCACCGGGCAAUCUUCGGCAAGAAUCAGCAACAAAGCCAGGAUCAACCGACGGUGAUCGAUCAUGAGGUAUUUUCUCCGAUAACUUAUACUAAGAUCGUCCCAUCGGAUGGCAACAGCUCUGUGCUACAGUCGGCUAGCACAACUUCCAUUGGAAGUAUAUUAUCAACUACGUCUACUCCAAGCUCAGUUCUUACCACCAAUUCUUCGAAUCGAGCGCCACCGGACUAUCCAAACAUGGAGUACCCACCGGUGUUCGAACCGGAAACGUAUUCGCUUAGUGAUCCCGGUAUGACGCUUCUGAAGCGACGCCAAAAUCAUCCGCAUAAAUGACGACUCGGAAGGGGCAAGAAGCGCCUGGCCACCCUGCGGGAGCAUGAGUGUGGCUAGCUUAGUAUUAGAUGUGUGCCAAGUGUCUAAAAAUAACUCUACUUUGUUUGCUAGAUAUUAUUAGAAUGGGAAAUGUUGAUAGUUUCCUUCAAUUACUCAUUACGUUCUUCCGGUAAAUCAUAUGGUGCUGUAUUAUAAUAUUAUAAAGAUUGUGUAGAUCUAGGAGAAGAGUUUGAAUACUAUUAAAACCUAUUUAUCUAAAAUGAUUAAAAAAGAAAUGUGAAAUCAAAAAUAUAUCUAAGUUUUGCACUGGAUUCUCUAAAAUAAUCAAUACUAAAAUUGUGAUCCUACUAGAAUUAAAUUACACAGAAUAUCUUUAAAGGGAUAAUAACAGAGUUGCGGCCAAUUUAGCUGACACUUAACAAAUGAAAUACUUGGGUAUUAUAAAUACUUAAGCUAUAUUUUCAUGAUCCAUGUCUUGAUGGUUCUGAAACAAACAAAAAUCAUAUGAUUUCAAACUUUAAGUUGAAAUUAAUUACAUUUCGUUCGAAUUUUUUGCUGUAUAGGUGAAGAUUUACUUUUUUCUUACAAUAUAGGUAUUUAAGUAUAAGCCAAAUUUAGAAUAUGUACCAUUUUGUGAUUUUUUUUUGUUUGAUUUAGUACUGUUCAUAAACGUGCCGAAGGCAAAGAUUAAUCAUUAAUCACCCUCACAACUGCUUAUGAUAUUGUAAAGUUGGUAUUGAACAAGAACGCAUAAGCAAGAUAACUAAGUAGCGUAGUAAGAACAUUCCUUAUUUGUCAAUCGAUUCCUAGCUCGCCGUGCAUUGAAUGUGCCGAAUAUGUGGCUCAAAUUGAACCGUUUGAUUUCACCAACUGCAUAAUGUGUACUACUAAUAAUGACACGCAAUGUGUUUUUGUUGUACCACAUACCUACCUAAAUUGGUUAGCAUAGUAGCGCGUUUUAGAGUGCAUAUCGAUCCAGCUCGCAUGGUUGUAGAGAGACAUAUUUUAGUGAUCCCGCGUCGGAUAGUGCCUUAUUAAUGAUUGAGUUUUGAAUAAAGCUGUAUCAAUGUUGCAAUGUUGGAUUUCACACAGUACAAUGCUG